AUCUCUGCAGCCUACGAAGUAGACCCUUCUCAAAUGUGGACAAUGUGGUGCCCCAAUCCGUCAUAUACGAAGUUCGGACAAGUUUUGCUUCAUUUCAAUUGAAUUCGAGCCGUCCAUCUCGGUCUCUUACUUUCAGAUGGACAUAAUCCGGCCUCGAGGAACGUAUCAGCGGGCCAACACCGAUCCAGCUCUCGAGCCAGGCUUCUUCGAGCUGUCGUCGCCGGCGGAUAGCAAGGCUUCAAGCUUCAAAUCUGGAUUCUCCAAUACCAUCAGAGACCAAGCACCGCUUCUCGACCCUUCGACCGACCCGAUUCGCAUUCAUUCGACCUACGAUAGCCGGUGGAAGUGGAAUCUGUUCUCGGGCAGCCACUCUCGCCUUCAUGGCUGGAGGACGGGAGCUCUCUUGGCCGCCCUCUUCGCGGGUAUUUCCUUGUUGAUCAACUUUGUCAUUCUGAUAUGGCUGGCCACUCACAAGGGAAGCUCAGGCCUUGUCGAGAUCUUCAGCGGGAGCUGCAGCAAAGUCGAGAGCAUGGAUUUGUGGGUUCACCUCGCAAUCAACGCACUCAGUACUCUGCUGCUCGGAGGUUCGAAUUAUUGCAUGCAGUGCCUGUGUGCUCCGACCAGAAAAGACAUUGAUACGGAGCAUUCCAAAGGGAAAUGGCUCGAUAUUGGAGUCCCCAGCACUCGCAACCUGUUCAAAGUACCCAUUCACAAAUCCGCUCUGUGGUGGACCUUGGGCUUAUCAUCGGUCCCUUUACAUUUGCUAUACAAUUCUGCACUCUACAAAUCUCUCGCGAGUAACGACUACGACAUACUUUUCGUCAAACAGGAUUUCGUAGACGGUUCUUCCUGGAACACGACAGCAUCAGACGGAAUCAGACAAUAUGGUCUGCUUGAUGGGGUGAGUAUAGAUCAGGUCCAGGCUGAUCUCAAGGUACCAGAGCUCUAUGAACGCUUAGACCUCGCAGACUGCAUAAGAGCUUAUGCGACGGAUUUUAUCACCGAUAGACGGAACCUGGUCUUUGUCACAAAGAACGACACGGUCAACUAUAACCUGCUGGACUACACAAACUAUCUGUAUAGCCCUUCCUCUCCAUACUACUGGAUCUGCGCCUCGGACCCGGACAUUGGAAACAAAAUCCUAGUGCCUCAGCGCAAUGGUAACAACCUGCCAUGCGAAAAGUAUUUUUCAAAGAUAAUCGACCUCGGAGAUCGAUGGCAUCCGUACGGCAAUGAGGUGCAAUACUGUUACAGUGAGCGAGUCAGUGAGAAGUGCAGCUACAAUGGAAACAUACCCAUCGUGGCCGUUGUACUCGUGGCGAACGCCAUCAAAAUGGCGGGCAUGCUCUUCGUCGCAUAUCGUCUCAAGGACACUCCGUUGAUCACCAUGGGCGACGCCGUGGAAUCCUUUUUGAACGAGCCGGACCGCACGACAGAAGGCAGAUGUCUCCUUACGAAACAGGAAGUCGUUCAAUUGGCGCGCAUGAAACAAGACUGGAAUCUCCACAAGAUGAGGGCCUCUCAACCAAAAAUCGCACGCAUCCGGGUUACAAGGUGGUUCAAAGCUGCCAGUGGGCUCCGGUGGGGGAUGACUAUGGGUUUCAUCGGAAUCAGUCUCAUUGUCGUCGGCGCCCUCCUAUCCCUUGCCGUCUCAUCGGUCAACAGCAAUGGCUUUACAGUGUCGGAUAUUGGCUUCGGCAAAGUGAACCCUGCUGCCAUCAUCAACGGAUGGGGCCUCGAAAACAGAGGGAGCCCAUCUAAAAAAAUCCUCGGCUCGAUCUUGGUGGCCAACCUGCCUCAAACAAUCUUUUCAUUCUUGUACCUCAACCUCAACGGCCUUCUCACCAGCAUGUUUUUGGCAUCGGAAUGGAGUGAUUUCGCCACAGAACGGAAGACUCUACGGGUGUCCAAGCCCAAGGGGCCACAACGAAGUACGCAUUUUUUGCAGCUACCUUACAAGGUCGCCAUCCCCUUGAUGAUCCUGUCGGGUCUGCUACACUGGCUCAUUUCCCAGGCCAUCUUCCUGGUCGUCGUCAAAGAGUACGCUCCAGAUGGAUCGAUCGUGGACCCGGUGGCCGUCGGCACCUGUGGCUUCUCUCCACUGGCAAUGAUAGUCAGUCUCGUUGCCGGAGCCCUGAUAAUGACCGUCUCAUCCGGUCUCGGAUUCUUCCUCAAAUAUGACCCUACGAUACCUCUGGUGGGUAGCUGUAGUGCCGCCAUUUCGGCGGCGUGCCAUGCACCGGACUGGGAUAGUGAUGCGUCCAUGAAACCUGUGAAAUGGGGAGUAAUACCAGAGACUCUGGCAGCAGAUAAAGGGGUUGGACAUUGUUCAUUUACCAGUGGUGAUGCGGAACCACUCCAAGCAGGUCAGAACUAUGCUGGCAUUUGCAGAAAAAGAAAGGAGACAGGACACUAGAACUUGU